UAACCGUACAUAAGAAGUGGAGACAUAUCUGAGGAGCACACAUAUAAGUUGCAGUUUGGCCUCUAGAACGGCAGAACUCUGCAGUUGUCAGUUUGUACGUAAACGAGGUGACGUUGUUUCCCGUGGGAAUGCUGAAUGAUAGAGGUAUACGGAGCAUCGGCCAGUCUCCCUGUAAUGACCGGGUGAAAACACCUGUUGGCUAUCCCGUCUUGUACAGAUAGACAUGGCGACGCCUGUGGCCAUGGCGUCCACGUCGACUUCCCAGCACACGUCACAGGAUGAUUCGGAGCAGCGCGACGGGGCUCUGGAAGACGAGGAGGCCGAGGUCUUCCUGUCCGAGAGCCACUGCACUGAGCUUGCCUGGCGGCAGAACGAACAGCGGAAGCAGGGCUUGUUCUGUGACAUGACGCUGGUAUUCGGCGGUGCAGGAAGGGAGUUCCCGGCUCAUCGCUCCGUGCUGGCGGCCACCACUGAUUACUUCGCUCCGCUGCUGUCCGGCCAGUUCGAGGAGUCCAGGUCCGGUCGUGUGGAAAUGAAAUGGAGCUCAGAGCCCGGGCCAGACCUGGAGACAGUUGAGGCUGUCAUUCAGUAUAUGUACACCGGUCAGAUCCGGGUGUGCACGGGUAACGUGCAUGAGGUGCUGGAGCUCUCAGACAGAUUUUUGUUGCUGCGCCUAAAGGAGUUCUGUGGAGAGUUUCUGAAGAAAAAGCUCAAUCUUUCAAACUGUGUAGCCAUUCACAGUUUGGCUCAUAUGUAUACACUUAACCAGUUGGCUUUGAAAUCAGCUGACAUGAUUCGCAGAAAUUUCUAUAAGGUGAUUGAGGAUGAUGAGUUCUACACUCUCCCAUUCCAUCUUGUAAGAGAUUGGCUUUCUGAUCCAGAGAUCACAGUUGACUCUGAAGAGAUACUCUUUGAAGCAAUUCUAAAGUGGAUUCAAAAAAACACUGAUGAGAGGGAGAAGUAUUUUGAGGAAUUGUUUCAACUCCUUCGACUUUCUCAAAUGAAACCCACUUAUCUUACGCGUCAUGUGAAAGCUGAAAGACUAGUGGCUGCAAGUGAGGCCUGUUUGCAGUUGGUGGCUGAAGCUGUGGAAGGCCAUGCUUUGCGUUCAGAAAACCUACAAGCUGGAAACCUACAGCCCCUGGCUACCCACAUGACUUCCUUGCCACGCUAUGGUCAGAAUAUGGAUGUAAUUAUGGUGAUUGGAGGGGUCUCAGAAGGAGGAGACUAUUUAAGUGAAUGUGUUGGAUAUUUUAUUCAUGAAGAUCGAUGGGUAAACUUACCACAUAUUCAUAAUCACCUUGAUGGCCAUGCUGUGAUGGCUACAGACUCUCAUGUUUAUGUGGCUGGCUCCAUGGAGCCUGGAUUUGCCAAGACAGUGGAAAGAUAUAACCCUAACAGAAAUAUGUGGGAACAAGUGUGCAACUUGAUCACUCGAAAACAUUCCUUUGGCCUUAUGUCUGUAAAGGGAAAUUUGUACAGUAUUGGUGGUCAUGGCAAUUUCAGCCCCGGCUUUAAAGAUGUUACAGUUUAUGAUCCAGGGCAAGAUAAGUGGCAGAUCCUAGAGUCUGCACCAAAGAUCCUGCGAGAUGUCAAAGCUGUAAGUGUAGAAGAUCGUUAUGUUUACAUAACUGCCCGUACUCCAGUUGAUAGUGAUAAUGAGGACGGGCUUAGAACAGUUCAUUUUAGAUAUGACAUAGAGAGCAGUAGGUGGCAGGAUGUAGAGUCUUUGCCACUUCUGGACAAUUAUUGUACAUUCCAAAUGUCAGUGGCCUGCACAAACUUCUACAAUACUGCCUCUUGCUGUCCUAAAAGCUACUCUGUAACUGUUGAUGAAGCUCAGAGUAAAAUCUCUAGGCAAGUCUCAAAUGAGAUCCUUGAGAGCUUGCCUCCUGAGGUUCUGGGUAUAGAAGGAGCAGCUAUCUGUUAUUACAAAGAUGAUGUUUUCAUUAUAGGUGGCUGGAAAAACAGUGAUGACAUAGACAAACAGUAUAGGAAAGAGGCAUACCGGUAUUGUGCUGAACGCAAACGCUGGAUGUUGCUUCCUCCUAUGCCUCAGCCUCGGUGCCGUGCAACUGCUUGCCAUGUGAGAAUCCCAUUUAGAUACCUUCAUGGCACACAGAAAUAUCCAAUGCCACCUAACCUCAUGUGGCAAAAAGAUAGAAUCAGGCAGAUGCAGGAGUUGCAUCGGCACACAAUGAACUUAAGACGCACUCCCCGGUCUCAGAUUGAAUGCUAAAUACAGUUCUCAAAUACACUUUCUCCUAGGAGCCUCUUUUUAGAUGCAAUUUGCACAUGAUAUACCCCCUUUUUUAUUUGUACAAUAAUACCACUAGUAAAACAUGAGGUUUACACAACAUAGACUGGUGUUUGCAGAGUGUCAAACACUCUAAUGAGCAUGUCCGUGUACAUAAAUCUAUACAAUUUGUGUAUUACAGUACAUUUACAUAGCCUUAAUUUCCAAGGCAUAUCAUUCAAAUAUGUUUUAACAACAAACCAUUAUCAGCCAAAUUUCAGGUGGCAGAUUUCUGAUGUCUUUGACAGCUUGGUAUGUAUACUGCAUGGCAAAGGUGGCUCAAUAGGUUAUUUUAUUCUUGCAACAAAAAGAAAGUGGUGAGGGGCUCCAUACUAGAACCCUCCUGAGCUUCCAAUCAAAAAUAAAAUAAGUUGAAAUUAGUUUCUGGGGAGAUUUUAAGUUCUAAGGUAAAUCAGCUACCUGUAUUUAUUAACCGGAUUCCCCCAAAAAUCCUAGAUUCAAUUAAGUGGGUUGGUGGUGCUCCCCAGAGUCAGCGUUACAUAGAACACUCACUUGAGAAAAAUACUUUUGUUUUUUAAAGAGUGCUCCCCCCCCCCCAAAAUUAUUUUUCUCUAGUAAGUGUUAGGUUUGUAAUGAAAAAAUAUCGGAGUAAGUUGUAAUUCCAGUUUGUUUUUUAUACUGGAUGCUGCUUUGCUUGUUUGUGUCUUGUAGUUUAUACAACAUAAGCUAGUUUGGGUUAUAGCCACAGAAAAAAAAGGCAUUAAAGUUAAAAUUGUUAUCCUUCACCAUCCUAAGUUAUUCUAUUUACUUGCAUUCAAUGCUGCAUCUCCACGUCUUAUUCCUCUAUUUUUCCUCAGUUCCCGUUCUUGCAUGAAAAGCUAUUGUAACCAUAGACCAUUUAGUAAAACAAGUAAUGUAAUAUAUAUAUAUAUAUAUAUAUAUAUAUAUAUAUAUAUAUAAUUUUUUUUAUUUUUAAAUAAAUUCUUAAUGUUGAUUUCACACUAUUAUCUUAAAGUGCACCAGAAACCAUUUUGGGAGCAGAACCAAACCCUUUUUUUUCCAGAAUAAAGAUUUCACUGUGAACUAUGGACUGAUGAAUAUUAAUCUAGUUUAUCAUAGAUUGCAUCUUUUAAUGUCACUUGCUUGAUUGAAGAAAAAUAAAUUACUGUCUUUGUAACUUUU